ACCCCCAUCCAGGGGGCCUCCGGACCUCACUGUUGCGCCCGCAGCAGGAACUGUAGCUGUUGAUAGGCUCUCUAGUCAGAGCAGUGCCGGCUCCGCAGGUGGCUCUCCUCACAUGAGCCGCUGUGCGCACACCUGGAGUCUGUCUCCGUGGUUACGGCCCAGCAUCCUGGAGUUGGAGUGGAGCACAGGUGCUGCGUCUUCGCCGCGAGCUUUGCUGAGUUGGGGUUCACGUUUGGGGUUUGGUUGUUCUAAUUUAUUUGUACUGCAUUUCUUUUGCGCUUGAUACACACAAACGGUUCUGCAAGAUGUCGGAAGACGCCAACACCAAAGAGGUGACGUUCCUGGUCCCGCCACCACCCAGGCCGCUGAACGGUACCGGGUCGGACUCCCGGGUGGGCGAGAAGGUGGGGUCGGGCCCGGAGGUGCGGCGGCGGCGCCACACGAUGGAGCGCGACAUGAAGACGGAGCAGCACCGUUCUUCCGCCCAGCGUCAUCUGCGACUCGACAGCCGCCUGCGUCGUGGCGCCGCCGCCCGACUGUGAGCCGACGCCCCCGGGGCCCCUCGAGCCCCGCGCCACCCCCAGCUCGUCGAGGAGCAGGUGGAGGACGUGGUCACCACGGCGACG